AUGCUCGAAGUUGAGGCCGGACCAAAGUCAUGGCAUUGUGAAGUGGGCACCUCGGAGCUGUUUACAGUGGCUGAUCGACCGCGCGUCUUGGUCUUGAGCGAUUUGGUUGACUGUGAUGAUGAGCUCGUCGAUGUUUGGGAUGCAGAGGCAUUGUUUUUCAGCAUGACCGCAGCGCCGAGCGAGUUUACGCGAACGCGAAUACCUCUCUUCGAGUUUGCUUGUCUUGUGGAAGGCGAGUCGUGUUGCAGCGUAGCCGGUUGCGCAGAGUGCGCUGGCGAGGCAGCCAUUCCGAUGCUACGCAUCGGCAGGCCCGAAUUGCUGGCACGCUGUUCAGCGGUAUGGCUAGUGGUGUCAGCCAUGACGAUGCGACGCAACUUUGGGCCAGUGUCGAGCUAUAAGACCCGACCGAGGGGGUUCGAUCAUGCGAUCAGAAGGGUGGGAGACCCAUCGAGACCAAAUACCGAUAGCAGCGAGAGUAAAGCGGAAGAAAACCGAGCCUGGAAGCGAGAGAGACAGAGCGCUGGUUGGGUGCGACGCGAUGCCGAUCAAGGUGAAUCGACGAUUCGACCGCGGUAUGCUCGACACGAGGAUCGAACGGCGAGAGCAAACCGCAAGAGGUUUUGUGUGGGAGCUUGA